AUGGAAGAAAAGUCCACACUGACCUUAGCUUCUGCUCAAGGCCACAGGUUCAAAUGCCUGCAGACGCCAAGCACAUGGCGGAAGGGCAACAAUACCCAGCUGCUGGCAGUAGUUGCUCGUAAGGCAAGUUCCCUGAUCAACCUCUACUGCUCCUCCCAGCAAGUCCUGUGCCAGAUCGUUGGUGACCUCAGCCCUGAGGUGCCCAGGAAUGCUACUCUUGAGAGCUGGCAGGAGAGGAUCCGGCGGAACUAUGGCUUUUACAUCGGCCUGGGCCUGGCCUUCCUGUCCAGCUUCCUCAUCGGCUGUAGUAUCCUCAAGAAGAAAGGCCUCCUGCGUCUCGUGGCUACGGGAGCCACUCGGGCCGUGGACGGAGGCUAUGGCUACCUGAAGGACGUGAUGUGGUGGGCAGGAUUUCUCACCAUGGCUGCAGGAGAAGUCGCCAACUUCGGGGCCUACGCAUUUGCACCUGCAACCGUCAUCACACCCCUGGGAGCGUUGAGUGUCCUCAUAAGUGCCGUCCUGUCCUCGUAUUUCCUGGGAGAGAAUCUGAACCUGCUGGGGAAGUUGGGCUGUGUGAUCUGUGUGGCUGGAAGCACCGUGAUGGUGAUACACGCCCCCGAGGAAGAGAAGAUCACAACUAUCAUGCAGAUGGCUUCCAAGAUGAAGGACACAGGGUACAUCGUGUUUUCUGUGCUUCUGCUGGUGUUCUGCCUCAUCCUCAUAUUCAUUGUCGCCCCUCGUUACGGGCAGAGGAAUAUCCUCAUCUAUAUCAUCAUCUGCUCCGUGAUCGGGGCCUUCUCGGUGGCGGCCGUCAAGGGUUUGGGUAUCACCAUCAAGAACUUCUUCCAAGGGCUGCCAGUGGUACGGCAUCCCCUGCCCUACAUCCUGUCCCUCAUCCUGGCACUCUCCCUGAGCACUCAGGUCAAUUUCCUCAACAGGGCACUGGACAUCUUUAACACCUCGCUGGUGUUCCCCAUCUACUACGUGUUCUUUACCACGGUGGUUGUCACCUCCUCCAUCAUUCUCUUCAAGGAGUGGUAUAGUAUGUCGGCCGUGGACAUUGCAGGCACACUCUCCGGCUUCGUCACAGUCAUCCUGGGUGUGUUCAUGCUGCAUGCCUUCAAGGACUUGGAUAUCAGCUGGGCCAACCUUCCCCACAUGCACAAAAGCCCGCCCCCAGCUCCUGCCCCAGAGCCCACCGUCAUUAGACUGGAAGACAAGAACGUCCUGGUAGACAAUAUAGAGCUUGCCAGCACCCCGUCGCCAGAAGAGAAGCCGAAAGUAUUUAUAAUCCAUUCUUAA